AGUUAAUACUCUCUUCCCUUCCAUCCCUCUUUCCUCUCCAGCGCCCUUCCCGUCAAAAUCCUGACACCCCCCGUCAAAAUCCUGACGCCUCCUGUCGACACGCAAUAUAUACCUCCGUCGCUGCAAGAAAAAAAAUCGGUUUCCCAAACUCGGCCAGAAAUGCUCUCCCAAUCGCAUCUCGCGAUUUCUUCCCCAGAAAUUAUUCGUUCUCACGCGAUACACGAAUGACCGUACAAUGGAACUGGAAGGAGAGUCUCUGUAAAUAAUAUCCUAAGAAGUUCGGAAUUCUUUCCAGAUAAGAAUGGGGAAGAAGGCGAACUGGUUUAAGAGAGUCUUCAAGUCGUCGUCUUCUAAACGCUCGGAAAAGAAGAAAGAAAACACACAGAAAUGGCAGCCAGAUAUGCCGGAGGUGGUCUCUCUGGAACAUUUCCCUGAGGGAACCUCGCCUGACAUUACUAAUGAUGAGAGCGCAAUGCAUUCUCCCACAUCCGAUGAUCAAGGCCACGCGAUGGCUGUGGCCAUGGCAACCGCCGCCGCCGCGGAAGCGGCUGUUGUGGCUGCACAGGCGGCCGCGAGAGUUGUCAGACUAGCUGGAUAUCGACGCCAGCCCGACGAAGAAAGGGCUGCCACCAUCAUUCAGGCUUUCUACAGAGGAUACCUGGCACGAAGAGCUCUGCGCGCGUUGAAAGGGCUGGUGAGGCUGCAGGCGCUCGUACGCGGACACAACGUACGAAAACAGGCCCAGAUGACGAUGCGGUGCAUGCAAGCCCUCGUACGUGUUCAAAGGAGAGUUAGAGCACGACGCCUCCAGCUGGUCGAGGAGAAGACUUACCACAAGAAAUUGGAAGAAGAAGAAGAAGAAAACGAAAUGCAAGGUCAGAAGAACACGUACGUGACGGACAUGGAAAUGGACGGCUGGGAUGGAAGGCCCCAAAGCUUGGAGACGAUAAGGGCUGAGUCUCAAAGGAAGCACGAUGCUGUGAUCAGACGCGAGAGGGCCCUUGCUUAUGCUUUUACUUAUCAGCAGCAGCAGCAACAUCAGCAUCUGUGGGCGUCGGAGGCGGAGACGCCCCAAUUGGGAUGGAACUGGCUCGAGCGUUGGAUGGCCUCUCAGCCAUGGCACGACCGACCCGUAGCGCCACCGCCACCAGAGAGCUCCUAUGCCACUGUCACGAACACCGACGACACUUCGGAAAGAACAGUCGAGAUCGACAUCCCAAGACCAGUAGGCCGCAACCCCACUGAUACAACGAGAUUUUCAAAUACGCACCCACGCACUUCCGUGGACCAGCACGUACCGUCCGAGACGGUUGGCGAGGGACGAGAUAUUCCUGUGGUGGUCCCCAGUUACAUGGCCCCAACACAAUCGGCCAAAGCUAAGGUUCGGAGCCAGAGCUGCAGUAAGCAGCGGGCGAACCCGUCUGCAAAGCGGGCAUUUGGUGGUGCAGAUUCAUCGAGCUCAGGGGGAGGGAUGUCAGCCUACCAUGCGGUGAGGAGCCCAAGCCCAAAGCCAAAUGGGGUGCGCCUACCAGCUCGACGGGUCACCAGCUACAGUCCUGAUUCCAGCGUCGGAGAUGAUCGGACCCCGCCUCGUGUUGGGCAAGGUCGGAAGAGCGGUUUCGGAUGAUCGCAUAUCCCUCUAUGUUCUCUAAAUUUAUAUUGUUUUUUUCUAAUAUUAUUGUUAAUGCAAUGAGAUUACAUGUAUUUAUGUAUUUAUGGGAGAGGACUUUAAUCUUGUAAAUCAUAAUACUAUAUAGAUAAUAUUUGUGGAGUUUAUCUUGCCGUCGCAAUGCCGGGUCGUAUCAUAUCACCCUUCAUUGGACUGUUUGACAUGGGCUGUAGCUGGUACAACUGUAUUGUUCAUCGAUGAUAUUGGGUUGAAAUAGUAAAUGAUUUUAAAUGAAAAUUAAAUGGAAUGUUCUUA